AUUGCAUGUAGGAGUGUACGACAGGACAAAUUCGCGUUUUUUUUUUAAUUUAUUUUUAUAUUUAAGCGUUUAAAAGACACCGAGUUUUUUGCUAAAUCGGGCGUUAUUAUUGUCUUAAGUGAGCCUCCCCGUUAAAAUGCGGAGGGACAGUUAGUUGGACAUGUUAAGGAACGCAGGCAGGGGCGGGGGUGACGAAGAACAGUCGCCGCUCCGUCCGUGUUGAGAAAACCAGCAGUUAGAGCCCGGAACUCGAGCUGUUAAAAGCCGAGCUAAUGUUAGCUAGCUUUUUGUUGACAGCGUGCUUCCUGUCAGUGUAGCUAGACUUCUACCGACGCGGCGACGGUUAUUUCCAACUCAUUUAUUUAUUUAUUUCUGGAUUUUCAAGUGACACUCGCUUCCCUCGCUUAUUAUUGGGCCGUAAAUCGUCGGGAGUUUUUCGCGGCACUUUCAACCACUUGUAGCUCCGGAUGAUGGCAUCGAAAGGGGGGUUCACGGGUCCUCCGAUGAAUCCGAACUUGAACCCCAUGAAUGUCGGACACCCCACGGGGAUGAGAAUGCCCGGAAUGCUGCAGCCCCCAACGGGUUAUCCCCGAAGUAUUCCCCAGUUUGCCCAGCGCCCUGGAAUCCCACCCAGCAGGAUGGGGGGUCCUAUGGGGGUAAUGGGGAGUCAGAUGCCCGGUCCCUCUUACGGUGGGGGUAACCUUCCCAUGCGGCCAGGCAUGGACGCGUCAAGAAAGCGUUUUCUCCACCACCAGCAGCAGCAGCAAGAGGCGCUCGGAAGCCUCAGACGAGGAGCCAAAAGACGCAAAAUGGCCGACAAGGUUUUGCCACAGAGGAUCCGAGACCUCGUCCCCGAGUCCCAGGCUUACAUGGACCUCCUGGCUUUUGAAAGGAAACUGGAUCAAACCAUCGCUCGCAAGCGCAUGGAGAUUCAGGAGGCCAUCAAGAAGCCCAUUAUGCAAAAGCGCAAGCUGAGGAUCUACAUUUCCAACACUUUCACUCCAAGCAAGCCCGAGGGCGAGGAGUCGGAGAAGGUGUCCUCCUGGGAGCUGAGAGUGGAAGGCAAACUCCUGGAGGAACCCGGCAAGCAGAAGAGGAAGUUCUCAUCUUUCUUCAAAAGCCUGGUGAUCGAGCUGGACAAGGAGCUCUACGGGCCGGACAAUCACUUAGUGGAGUGGCACAGAAUGCCCACCACCCAGGAGACGGAUGGUUUCCAGGUCAAAAGGCCCGGCGACGUCAACGUUAAAUGCACUCUUCUGCUCAUGCUUGACCAUCAGCCCCCCCAGUACAAGCUGGACCCCCGUCUGGCCCGUCUGCUGGGCGUGCACACGCAGACUCGGGCCAGCAUCAUGCAAGCCCUGUGGCUUUACAUCAAGAACAACAAGCUGCAGGACUGCCACGAGAAGGAGUUCAUCAACUGCAACCGCUACUUCAGACAGAUCUUUAACUGUCCACGCAUGAGGUUCUCUGAGAUUCCCAUGAAGCUGGCGGGCCUGCUGCAGCACCCUGACCCCAUCGUCAUCAAUCACAUCAUCAGUGUGGACCCCACAGACCAGAAGAAAACCGCUUGCUAUGACAUCGACGUGGAGGUGGACGACCCUCUGAAAACCCAGAUGAACAGCUUCCUGUCCUCCGCCAACAGCCAGCAGGAAAUCGCCACUCUAGAAAUGAAGAUUCAUGAAACAAUCGAGUAUAUUAACCAACUCAAGACUGAGAGAGACUUCAUGCUGAGCUUCAGCAACAGUCCUCAGGAGUUCAUUCAGGACUGGCUGAAGUCUCAGUGCAGAGAUCUGAAGCUGAUGACAGAUGUGACCGGAAACCCGGAGGAGGAGAGGAGGGCUGAGUUCUACGAGGCUCCCUGGAUGCCAGAGGCAGUGGGUAGAUACGUCUACUCCAAAGUGCAGCAGCGAAGACAAGAGUUGGAGCAGGUGUUGGGAAUCCGACUCACCUGAAGACGCCUUCCAGACGACCAGAUUUCAGCCUCACGUCUCAUCGGAAACGGAUGUAUGCAGCAGUCCGCCUUAAAAUAUUGAUAAUCCCGGCUCUAUGUCUUUAAGUAAACAUAGAUUCUGCGAGCCAUGAUCCCAGGUUUCCCGCAGACCGCCUUUGACCUUUCAUUUUUUUCUGUUUUUUGCCUGUUCUGUCCACAUGUUAUUGAGUCGUACACUGUCUAUCUAGCCUUAUUUUUUUCUUCAGUGUCUUAAAGCUUGUGCAAUGAUCACUUCUCCUCCUCUCUAUUAAAGUCCUUUCUGUCGAUGCUCAUGUGCUCACGUUGAGCCUGCAGCAGAUUUCUUUGUUGCUUCAGCUAAGGGUCACAGUCCUUUCAAUCCCCAGACCGCUCUUCUCCAAUUUCAGCCUCAUUUAUCUUGUUGUCUUGUAAAGUAGGGUGUUAUCAAAGGGAAAAUCUUCAGAACAAACAUCAUAUCUGAAAUAAAAUGAACCCCGGCGGCACUUUUCCAGUUUUUCCGUCUCCCUUUUGUCUAUUUAAACGUAGGUGGGGACCUUCCUCGGUGCAGGAAGCAUCUGUUUGCUCUUCAUCGCCACACUGAGCCGGUUGAAGUAAUGUCUGCCUUGUAAUGUAAAAACCUUUUUUUUAAUGGUACACAAAUGUUUAAGCACUGGUUCUUGCCAUCCUGUGGUCCUUCACGGGUGUUUUUUUUUUUUUUUUUACUUUCUAAAAGCCAUAAUUAUUCAAUGCACCUGUAUUUGAAUAUUUAGCCAUACUUUAAAUACACUUGCUUCAGAAAUGUCUUUUGUUUAAAAAAAAAAUGUUCAAAAAUAUUUUUAUGCAAAUAAUAAUUCUGCAAUAUUUGUCUUUAUGUGUGUUGGGGCUGGGUUUGUUAUAAAAAUCAAACCUUUUCUGUGUCGGGCCAAGAUUGUCCAACAAAAAAUAGGUAUAUUUUAUAAUGGACAACUCUUUGUUUUUGUAUUUUCUGAAAGUUUACAUUCUGUUAUUGAUUUUUGGUGUGAAUGAUUUUAAUUACAAAAAUCAUAAACUAUGUCUAGUGUUGUAAAUUGAAGCCUCAGAUCUUUGACUGGUGUUGACGGUAAAAUAGGAAUUCAGCUUUAUGUGGUGGUCAUCAAACAAACUGUUGUGGAAAUUCUCUUCCUAAAACUAAAAAUUCUAAAAAUUCCAUGCUCAUAUGCCAAAUGUGCUUUGUGAAAUGACACAGCACAACUGUUGUGCAGAUAUUUUUUUUUGUACAGCUUCUGUGUUUAAUGUUUGCAUUUUUUUUCAGCUGAAAGUCUUUUAUACAUUUGACGUAUUUUUUACAAUAAAUUACUUACAAAUGCU